AUGGCGUCCUCUGAGGGCUUCGCGGUGACGUCCUACGCGACCCCCCCCGCGUUCGCGCCCGCGAUCGAGCUCGACGACGGGCACGUCGUCGUCCGCCUCGCGCGGAACGCCCUCGCGACGAGAGACGCGAAGCGGGUGGACGCGAACUCGCGCGUCGCGCUCCGUCUCCGCGUCGCGCCCGGCCCCGGCGAGCGGGGCGGCGGCGACGACGACGACGACGCGGCGUCGUCGAAGGCGACGACGCACGUCGUGCACGUCGACGGCGCGCUCGUCGAGGGCGUCGAGACCGCGCUGCUCCGCGGCGGCGAGGACGGCGCGGGGAUGACCGCGGGGGACGUCUUCUUGGUCUCGUGCACGAUGGACCGAACGCUGACGGACGACGCGCCGUUAUUCGCCCCCGGAGCGAUAGACAUCACGAAGCGUCGCUACGACGAGACGCACUUCGAGGUGGACGUGCUCGCGGUGGAGGACGCGUGGCCGGGGAAGAUCAGCGGCACGGCGAAGCAGAAGCUCGAGCGCGGCGAAGCGCUGAAACGCCUCGGGAAUAAGCUCCUGAAAGAAGGACGCGCGCGACGCGCGGAGGUCAAGUACGCCGCGGGGGUGGAGAUGUUCACCGUGAUGGGCGCGGAGUUCGUGCACUCGAACGUGCCCACCGCGGAGGAGACGAAGACCAACCGCGACGCGGAGGCGAUGGGCGCGGCGUUGUAUAACAAUCUCGCGGUGUGUCUCAUGAAACGCGACGCGUUCCACGACGCGGAGAUCGCGUGCACGGAAGCGCUGGACCUCUCCCCGGGGAACAUCAAGGCGCUGCUGAGGCGAGGGACGUGCCGCAUAGACACGCUGAAGUGGGACGAGGCCGAGGUGGAUUUUUUCGCCGCUUUGAAACACGCCGCGGCGGCGAACGACACGAAGGCGUUCUUCGCUCUGGAGCACGACCUGCACAAGCAGCGGAUGCGUUUGAAGUCGAUGCGGAAGGCGCAGGACGCGAAAGACUUGGAAGUCGUCUCCGGGAUGUUCGACCGCCUGUCCGGGAAGGCGCACCAACGCGCCCACGACGCGGUCGCGCGUCGACGGAUCCAGAAAAAAAGAGACAAGAGCGCGACGUGGUACGACGCCGCCGACGUCGCCUUACCCGGCGAGGCGUUCCCGAUGACCGGGACGCGCGCGCAGAGCGCCAUCAAGAUCGACGUCAUCGACGCGGAGAUCGCGGCGGAGGAGGAAGAAGAAGCCGAUGAAGCGCGCGCGGAUAAGAGCGAGAUGUACAACACGUUGCUCCGGACGGGGGCGAUGCGGAUGUACAAUCCCGACAACUUUUGA